AGUUGUAUCCAACAUUUGAAGGCGGUGUACCUGCGGUCCUUGCUGUAUGUCUUAAUAAAGUAACAGCUUUACGUUUUGUGCAUCUAAUAUGUCCUUGAUUGUUUCGUUUAGAUAAGAAUCUGUGACAUGUGUAUCGACGUCUAGGUAACUUUUACCCCAACUUCUAAUUAAAGGCACAUUAUGCUGCAAAACAAAUGAUUUUUUUUCGUCUUUAGAAUCCGCAAAUAUAAGUUUAAUAACGUUUAAAUAAUACCUUAUGAGCAUGUUAGAUGUUUAUCACAUGGAUAAAGUAGCGCUGGAUGUGAAAUUGUUUUUCCGUACUAGUAGCAAAAUGUAAUCAAAGUAGUAUUUUGACUUCCAUAUAAAAACAAACCACAGUAACUACUUAUUGCCAAAAGGCAACAGAAGCAAAAGAUAAUUCAGGUAAUUAGCCAAUGAGUAACUUGAUAGAAACUAUUAAAGGACAACAAAAUGAAAAAAAAGAAGAAAUAAUAGCACUUCUAGGGAUAAUGGGACUUUACGUCUUGUCCAACCGGCCUCUUUAAUGUUCCUCCAGUAAUGCCCAUCACUUGAAAUGAGAUUAUAAGGGUCUUUCUGAUUGUAAUAAUAAUGCCCCUUCCUUUUCCGCUGUUUACACCAUUUCUUUUCGGUCCCAAUGCGACGACUGUAUUUCGUGAACUCUUCUAUUUCAAUAUCAUAUGUGUUAUCAAUUUAAAUACAUGUAGUGAUUAAUACUUGUAGAACCCAAAGACAAAUAGGUCAAAGAUAAAUCGAAUGUUUAAAAAAUGUCGAUCUAUCAUUGAAAACUAUACAUUAGGUUAAUAUCAAGUGUGCGUUACGUAUGACCUCUUGAAAGAUAAAUACUAUCGCUUUCAUUAAGACUGCUCUUAAAUCAAAAUGGAAAUAGUCACAGCCAUGUUUUGGACUAUAUUGUUCUUUAUAUUUUCACAAUUUGGAGGAUACGAGGCAUCUCACAAAUGUUACUUCUCAUUACCAAAGCAUAGUGCUGUUACGUUCUUGUCGGAUACAUGGAGACCUUCUACGUAUUGCUGUAGAGGGCCUGAAACGAAAAGUGACUGCUAUGAAGAGACAUCUCCCUGUCCUAUAUCUGAGGUAACCUGCCUAAAUAGCGGUACAUGCCUGCACAAUGGCGGAUGUAAAUGCAGACCAGUAUUUACAGGGCACUAUUGCGAAAUUGAUAUAAAUGAAUGCGCAAGUUCCCCGUGCCUUAACGGCGCUACUUGUAUAGAUAGGGUCAAUGGAUUCCAUUGCGUUUGUCCUCCAAGACUGUAUGGGGUAUUGUGUGACACAAAUAUCUGUCAUCCUACUCCAGCAGACGUCGUCUUUGUUUUAGAUUCAUCAGUGAGCAUGACAGAGCGAGAAUUUAAGAAACAGCUGCAAUUUGUUGCUAAUUUUAGCAGUAAAGUUCCUAUUGGACCACACGACUUCCAGAUUAGUGUAGUUACAUUCUCAACUGAUGCUCAUGUAGAGUUCUAUCUUAACCAGUAUAAAGACAACAUUUCACUUCAUAACGCUAUAACGAAAGUCAAGUAUAGACGUGGGACAACGCGUACUGACAAAGGCCUGAAAGCGGUUAGAACAGAAGUAUUCACGGCAGGUAAUGGCAUCGGAAUACGCAAAAAUGGUACAAAAGCUGCGAGAUUUGUUUAUGUCCUUACAGACGGCAUGUCUAUAAACAGGGCCGACACAAGAGCCGAGGCCAGUGAAAUGAAGAAAUAUGUGGAUACAAUUGCAGUCAUUGGAAUAGGAAACGAAGUUUUACAUCAAGAACUUUUGGACAUUGCCUCCGAUCCAUCGUUUGUUUACUCUGUUAAAAAUUUCAACUCUUUGUACACCAUUCUUAGACAAUUGGUCCAGUUAUGUGAUGAAUGUGAAACAAGCACGGCGACAGACGUAGCUAUCGUUUUAGAUUCAUCCUAUUAUAUAACAGCAGAACAGUUCACUUUAAUGGUUGACGCUAUUAUGCAUAUAAUUGACACUAUGAAUCAUUUAAACGUAAAUGGUACGCAUGUUAGUGUGACCACAUUUUCUGAUGACAUCAAAAGUAUAAUGAAUAUGGGAGAGACGUUCAACAAAAAUGUCAUUAAAAGUAAGGUUAACAUGGUCUCAAAGUCGCCUGAUGAACAUCAAGCACAAUUACAUCUUGAAACCGUUUUUGCAUAUGUCAGGGAUAAAAUUUUUAACAAUACAUUUUCAAUGAGGAUUGCAAAGAAAUUUCUCCUAAUUUUCACUAAUGGUAAAGCUCGUGUGAACAGCAAAAGCACUUUUGAAAGUGAGAAAUCUAUGCUAGAAGCCGACGGAGUAAAUAUUGUUGCCGUUGGCAGUGGAGAAGAUAUUGACAUGAACGGGUUAAUCCAGCUUGUAACAGAUACGUUUAAUGUUUUUGUUACAAGUCAUGAAUUGCUAAUGAACAAUCUAGACGUUUUGCAAUCUGAAUUUGUUUACAGCAAAUGUAAUAUUACAGGGGAAUGAUAGUCAAUGUCGUACAUAACGAUGGGCAAAGUGUGUCUCAUGGACAUCAGUAAAUUUUUUAUCUAAAUUAAUGAUUAUUUAAAUCAUGAAAGGGUUUACUUCAAAUUUCAAAGCUCAUUAUUUUGCUUGUUUGAAAUGAAAUGAAACUUCUACAAAUCCAGUUUUCCUUUGAGCUUAAAUUGGCUAACUUGAUCAAUCUUUAAUCUCAAUUGUAUUCAAUAUUUGUAACAUCAAUAAGAUAUUAAACAAAGACAAUAACUUUUAAAAUUUAGUCGACCGUUUUAAACAGUCAAAUAUGUCGUAAUAUGUAUUUUUCACUCCCAGUCAAUAACUUAAAAUGAAAAUGAACGUUUGAACUCUAAGAUAUUUCAAAGCUGAUAUGUUUAUAUAUUUAUUUUAUCCUAUUUGAUAUGUUUUCACUUUCAACCCUUAUGUUAAACUUGCUUUAUUUAUCCUAUUUAUUAUUAAAAUAGCUUUCCUAGACAUGAAAGAAUGUAACGUAAAAUGAUUAAACUGCUAAAAUACUUCCUUUUGCCGAAAUUGUUGUCAAUUACCUGAUUUAUGUAAAACUAGGAGAUAACUGAUAACAAGUUUUGUUUGUGUAAUUUAUUAUCAGAUUGUGAUUAUUUCAAUAUCUUAGAGAAGUAUUAUAAUCGAUCUGUUUUUUGUGUGUGUAAAAUUCCAUCCUAUAGUUUAAAAUGACACUAAUAACAAAUUAUGUCUUGUUUUGUUUGAUCUCUAAUUUUCAUAUUCAUGUAAAUUGGUAAACA